CCACACGAUUCCUCCAUAUUUGCCAUUCCUAAGGCCCAACUUCCAGAACCUGCGCAGUACAUGCCUACUUACAACGAAUCUCAGCGCACUGUCAGAAGGCAAACACGCACAUCAGUGAUAUUUAGACUCAAACAGUUCGCAGCGAAAUCUGUAACCCGCAUUUUUCCAACCCGCAUGAACCACGCUCGACACAAGCACCAGUAGUGAAUCCCAAAUUCAAAUCCACGAUCUCGAGCGCGAUCCCUGCGACAGGCAGUAGUAGCGAAUCUAGAAGUAGUCUGAAGCCCUGAACGACAGCAAUGGCGUCUCCAGCUCCACAGGCACUCCGCCAACAGCAACCCUCACAACGGUCAACCACCCAAACACAAACCACGACAGCCCAACAGACACAGACCCAGACACAAGCCAUCCUCCGUCUACGCGGCGCGCACCCGCCAACAGGGCGGUCAGUUCAGUGGCGGUCAGACGUGGUGGACAAUGAAGGGCUCGGCAGGAAGAAAUCCAAGGUAUGCUGCAUCUACCACCGACCUCGGGGCGUAGACGAGUCAAGCGACGAGUCCUCGUCCUCGUCAGAUUCGAGCUCCGAUUCCGACUCGGACUCGGGCGCAAGAAAGGGUGACGCGGAUAGGCAGGGGAAGGGGGAUGAUAAACACAGGCAUAGGCAUGGGCAUGGGCAUGACUGCGACGGACAUCAUCAUGAUCAUGAUCCUUCUCGCGGGAGGGAAAACGGAGGAGGGAGGAGUGACGAGGGCGCCAGCAAGAGGAGGAGACGGCCGAGUCCGAAUGCGUACGAGAAGAUGCCGAAGUACAAUAAGGACAAGGACAAACCUCGUGAAGACGGGGACGGAAAGGGGAAGGGGAAAGAAGGGCCGCAGGGAGCGUAGACAGGGUUUCGGAACGGCGAAUUGGGCGGAUUAGGACUUGGACAGGCGACAGGUCUCUAUACGACUGAUGAUCAUAUACCCGAGGUCUGUGAUAUGCGUUAGGCAAACCGCCAUGAUACCUUGCCAUUGACCAUUACCAUUAGAAAGUCAAAUAGUUUGACUGGAAUUGAGGGCACUGUUGAGGACGGAC